CAAGUACAUUCCACAUUGCUUGCAUCUUUCUUGUCACAAACGACCGGGUUGUCUUUGCUUUGCUUCGCUGUGCUUGUCCUUACUCUCCUUCAGCAUGAGCACUCUCGAAGAAGGCCGUGGCCGAAAGUGGCAACAGGCAGACAGCACUUUAGGACCACAUACUGAUCCACCGAAACUGGAACCCGAGACGAGUCCAGCUAGCUCCAAGAUCACCUCACCACAAUCUAAACAAGAUGAAACCACAAUACUCGACUGGAAUGGCCCCGAUGAUCCACGAAGUCCAUACAACUGGAGUAGCACUCGCAAAUGGAUGACCGCUGCUCUCACUCUCUUUGGCACAUUUAUCCUUACUCUCAAUGGCACGGCUAUUACCAUAGCAGCUGAGGAGAUCAGCACUGAGUUCAACAUCGAGGACAGUGCUACUUUUAGCAAUACAUACUGGAUGGUGUUCAGCUGGAACAUGGGUGGCGCUUUCUUCGUGCUCUUCUUACCUUUGCUCGAGGACUUUGGCGUCAGACGUCCAUAUCUGUCCUUCUAUGGCCUCUUCCUAGCAAUGAUGAUACCGCAGGCAGUUGCACAGAAUUUUGCCACGUUGAUCGUAACGAGGAUAAUCGCUGGCGGCAGCGUGGCUGUGCUCGCCAACACGAUAGCGAGUGCCAUUCCGGACAUGUGGGAAACCGACGAAGCUCGUAGCGUUCCUGUCGGUCUCUACAUCUUGCUUUAUGUUACUGGUAACACAGCAGGACCUGUGAUAUUCUCUCCCGUCAUGCAAUUCAUUGGAAAUUGGCGCUGGAUCUUCUACAUUCAGCUGAUCGUAUACGGCGCAAUGGCUCCAGUGUAUCUCAUCUUCUUGCCGGAGACGCGAGGUCAUACCAUUCUGGGCAACGAAGCUCGGCGCAUACGCAAGGAAACUGGGAAGCCGAUAUACACAGCUGAGGAGACUCAUGCACUUCAAGUCAGACAACGACUCAUCAAGUCUGUCACGAGGCCGUUGUACUUGCUUUCCACAGAGCCUGUCCUCCUUGCAAGCACCAUCUGGUCUGCUUUCGCGCUCGGCCUUGUCUUCGCAUUCACGCAGUCCAGCGAGCAAGUAUUCCAAGAGCUCUACGGCUGGAACUCUUGGCAGUGUGGUUACAUCCAGGGCGCCGUUGUGAUUGGAGAACUCCUCGGCUGGCCCAUCACCAUUUACGGGACCAGCCUGCACCUGAAGUCCGCUAAGAGGAAUACUGAAGAGCCCGGUCAACCAAUCCCCGAAGCACGACUGUAUGUCAGUGUUUUGGGUUCCUUCUUGGGCAUUACAGGUGGGAUGUUUGUCUAUGCUUGGACGUCCUUCGACUACAUCCCUUGGAUUGCUCCAGCGAUAGGUUUGACAAUGGUUGGGUUUGGCAUCCAAAUUGUCGUCUGCGUCAUUGCGGACUACGUUGUCGAUCUCUAUGCCGCGUCAGAUUAUGCCGGUUCUGCCAUCGCUGCCGUAGUUGUUGGCGAGCAAAUCGUUGCAGCAGCACUUCCUCUGACCGAAGCCAGCAUGUAUACCAAUCUAGGUUUCCAAUGGGCGAGCUCCCUCCUGGGCUUUAUCGCGCUGUUACUGAGCAUAAUUCCCUUGCUCUUCAUCUGGCAAGGCAGGAAAUUGCGGGAGCGAAGUCCUUUCAUGAAAAGCGGCGGCCAGUCGAUGGCCGUGAAGUCAUAAGAAAUCUCCGGCGUUCCAGCGUAAUCCGCAUAUCUCGGAUCUGGCGGUAUUUGUAUAGACAUUGUAACAUAGAUGACAUGAGUAAUGACUUGAACGACGCGAGAGAAGGUCGAUCUGCCGGUCUUGGCAAUGAGAAGUACAGUUCUACCGUGCCUUCCGUGAGCUUGACUUUCCUGAAACACCGCGUCCUCGAACUUGAAACCACAACUGGACAAGAAGCAAGACAGGCAUGCGUGGUUGCUGCAAACUGCAUCGAGAAAGAUCGGACGAUGACGAUGGAGACAUUUGUUCACCAAUUGAGGGCAUGC